GUACGUGAUUCAACAAAAAUCAUCCGCGGAACAAGAAAGCAACCGAACCGAGCCGACCGUAAUUCUUCCUCGUAUUUUGUGUGAACAACAAGAGAUUUUGCAAAAUGUCCACAGCUGAGAAAAUUGAAGAGCCCGUCGUGAAAGCGAAGGGCAAGGAAAAGGAGGACGAGAAAACCGAACUGUCUGACGAAGAUAAGCAGCUUCAGGAUGAACUGAACAUGCUGGUGGAACGGCUGCAGGAAGCGGACACGGACCUGUACCGCCCGUCGCUAGAAGCGAUGGCCAACUUGAUCCGCGCCUCCACUACCUCCAUGACGUCCGUGCCGAAGCCGCUAAAGUUUAUGCGCCCGCACUAUGAAACGAUGAAGGAAAUUCACAAGAAAAUGACGGCCAAGCUGAAGGACGUGAAUACUCUGAAGCUGUGUGCGGAAAUCAUUUCCGUGCUAGCGAUGACCAUGGGUACCGGCAAGGAGUGUCUGGUGUACCGGUUGCUAAGCGACAAUAGUACGGAAAAUAUAGGCGAGUGGGGUCACGAGUAUGUGCGCCAUCUAUCCGGCGAGAUUGCGGCGAACUGGCCGGAAUCGACGGACCAUCUGUUUAAGAAUCGGCUGGUCGAGCUGAUCCAUCAGAUCAUCCCGUACAAUAUGGCGCACAAUGCAGAAGCGGAAGCAUGCGACCUGUUAAUGGAAAUUGAGCGGCUCGAUCUGCUGGAGAACUAUGUGGACGAAAGCGCCUAUCCGCGGGUGUGUCUGUAUCUGCAGAGCUGCGUACCGUACGUGGCGGAACCGGAGAACAUCAGUCUGCUAAAGUGUGCGCUAAAUCUGUCGCGCAAGUUUAACCAGCAUACGCAGGCGAUGCGCUUGGCGAUGAUGAUUAACGAUACGGAACUGAUUAAAGAAAUCUUUAUGUCGUGCGGGGACAGUGCGGUGCAGAAGCAGCUAGCCUUCAUGCUUGGCAGGCAGCAGAUCUUCCUCGAGUUGCCCGAGGGCAGCACGGACUAUGACGAUCUGGUGGAGAUCAUGUCCAACUCGCAUCUGAACCAUCAUUUCCUUAACUUGGCCCGAGAGCUCGACAUUAUGGAGCCAAAAACGCCAGAAGAUGUGUACAAGUCACAUUUGGACAAUUCCCGUGCACCGUUUGGUUCGCAGAUCGAUUCGGCCCGUCAGAAUUUGGCCGCUAGCUUUGUGAACGGGUUCGUGAAUGCCGGGUUCGGGCAGGAUAAGCUGCUGAUGGAGGAUGGCAAUAAGUGGCUGUACAAAAACAAGGAGCACGGUAUGCUGAGUGCGACGGCUUCUUUGGGACUGAUUUUGCUGUGGGACGUGGAUGGAGGUCUCACGCCGAUCGAUAAGUAUUUGUACUCGAACGAGGAUUACAUCAAGUCGGGCGCGUUGCUUGCCUGCGGUAUCGUCAACUGUGGGGUGAGGAACGAGGUCGAUCCGGCACUGGCCCUGCUUUCGGAUUACGUUCUGCAUCAGAACACCACGAUGCGCAUUGGUGCGAUCCUUGGGUUGGGUUUGGCGUACGCCGGUUCGAACCGAUCGGUUGUGCUGGAACUGAUCGGUUCGGUGUUCAGCUCGGAGCGUCGUACCGGAUCGAACAUGGAGGUGAUGGGAAUUGCGGCACUGGCCCUGGGCAUGAUCGCCGUUGGAUCGUGCAACAGCGAGGUAACGGAGGUGCUACUGCAAAUCAUUAUGGAUCGUAGUGAGGCCGAUCUGAAGGACACCUACGCUCGCUUCCUGCCACUGGGGCUUGGACUGGUGUACCUUGGCCGACAGGAAGCGGUCGAAACGGUAACAGCAGCGCUGGAGAUUGUAGCGGAACCGUUCCGUUCGAUGGCGACUACCAUGGUGGAAAUCUGUGCCUACGCCGGUACAGGGAAUGUGCUGAAAAUUCAGCAACUAUUGCAUCUCUGCUCGGAACACUACGAACCGACGGCAUCGUCCAGCGAAGAACCAGCGUCGAAGAAGUCCGAAUCGAAGGAUUCCGCGAAGGAGAAAGAAGACAAGGAAAAAGAUCUCUCCGGAUGUCAGGCAGUGGCCGUCCUUGGCAUUGCACUGAUUGCGAUGGGUGAAGAGAUUGGAGCGGAAAUGGCAUUCCGUUCGUUCGGAAAUUUGCUCCGUUAUUGUGAACCGUGUAUAAGGCGUGCGGUCCCACUGGCCCUGGGACUGAUUUCGGUAUCCAACCCGAAGCUUAACAUACUGGACACGUUGAGCAAAUUUUCACACGAUAGCGACGCCGAGGUGGCCCACAAUGCUAUCUUCGCGAUGGGUUUAGUAGGUGCCGGCACGAACAAUGCACGUUUGGCAUCGAUGUUGCGCCAGCUGGCACAGUAUCACGCCAAGGACCCGAACAAUCUGUUUAUGGUGCGCAUUGCACAAGGAUUGACCCAUUUGGGUAAGGGAACGUUCACUAUUAGCCCGUACCAUAGCGAUCGCCAGCUGAUGAGCCCGGUUGCUGUGGCGGGUUUGAUGGCAGCACUUGUCUCCUUCCUGGACGUCAAGAACAUUAUUCUCGGAAAAUCGCACUAUCUGCUGUACACGCUAACGACCGCCAUGCAACCACGCAUGCUGAUCACCUUCACCGAAGACUUGAACUCAUGUCCCGUCCCUGUACGCGUGGGAAUGGCCGUCGAUGUGGUCGGACAAGCGGGUAAACCGAAAACAAUUACCGGCUUCCAGACGCACACCACGCCUGUACUGCUGGCGAUGGGUGAACGUGCCGAACUGGCCACGGAGGAGUACAUCUCCCUCACACCAAUCAUGGAAGGGUUCUGCAUUUUGCGAAAAAAUCCCAACUACGUCCCAUAAGCUACUAAAAAAUGAAUGUUUCCGCUGGAAGAAAAUCAGGCGUUCAGGCAGAGGCAGUUUAAAAAAAACGGACACAGUUGUGUCGAUUUAUUGCUGGCUUUUGGCCUAUCACGCUACAAUAUAACAUUUACUUAUACUUAGGAUCAUAAUAAAUAAACGAUUUUCGAAA